AUGGGAGUGAAAACUUCAUAUUUUGCUGCCAACUUUGCAAGGAAGUCUGCUACCAGGAUGUCUAUUCAGGGUAGUUUAUUUUCUAUUGUUCCUAUCUUAUCUGGAGAUAAUUAUAAGAAAUGGAAAGAAGACCUGGAUGUAGCACUGUGUCUGAUGGAGUUGGACUUAGCUCUUAGAGAACCUAAGCCCAUAGUUACAGCCACUAGCACGACUGAGGAGAAACAAAAAUUAGAAAAAUGGGAAACUACUAACAGAAAGUGUGUCACCUUGAUAAAAAGAUCUAUCCCUGAAAAUAUGAAGGCUAGUGUGGAAAAGAUGGACACUGCAACUGAAUAUCUGCCUGCCAUCAAAGAACUUUUUGAGGUUUCCCAAAGUGGUGAGAAAGCGGAAUUGAUGAAUCAAAUCCUCUCAGCCAAGUUUGAUGGUAAUGGAAGUGUCAGGGAGCAUAUUCUAGAGAUAUCUUCCGUGGCACAAAAGUUGAAAGAUCUAGAUACCAACCUGGAUGAUGAUUUUCUAGUCUCUCUUACACUGAAAUCUCUCCCAGAGCAGUAUGAGACUUUGAAGACCACCUAUGCGGCCUUAAGGGUAAAAUGGACCAUGAAAGAAUUGAUCUCUAUUUGCACACAAGAAGAGCAGAACAAGAAAAGUAAGAAGAAAAUUGAGAGUGCAAAUGUCACCACUUCUAAGGGUGGUGUUGGACCUUACAGGAACAAGAAGAGGUUUAGCAAGAAAGGCAGGUUUAGGCCAUAUGACAGGUCUAACAGGGACAGAGCACCUCAGCGGGAUCAGCCUCAAGGGUUCAUCAGAAGGAGGACACCAAGCAAGGAUGAAGUGGCAGUGUUCGUCGAAAAUGGAGUAGAGGUUACUGUUGAAGCCAUUGGAGUAGUUAGAAUUUUAUUAGCUGGUGGUUUAUUUUUGGAUUUAGAAGACAUUGUGUAUGUUCCCUCCAUAAGGAGGAAUUUGAUUUCUAUUUCAAAACUUUCAAGAAUGGGAUAUUUUUUCAAUUUUAAUAAAGAUGGCUUCAAUUUAUUACAUAACUAUGUUGUGGUUGGCAAUGGUAGUCUUGUUGAUGGGCUUUACAAAUUAAACUGUGAUUCUCCAGUAGUUCUAAAUGUUGGUUCCAAGCGCUCUAUGUUAGAUGAGCGAUCUUCCAUGUUGUGGCAUAGGCGUUUGGGUCAUAUAUCUGUGCAGAGGAUGGAGAGACUAGUCAGAAAUAAGAUUCUUAGACCUUUAGACUUCCAUGAUCUACAUGAUUGUGUGGAUUGUAUGAAGGGGAAGAUGACUAAAACAAGGAGGAUGAAGGCAGCUCGUAGUAAUGGUUUACUAGAGCUAAUACAUACAGAUAUUAGUGGCCCAUUUCCUAUUCCUUCAGUGGGUGAUCAACGAUACUUCAUUACCUUUAUUGAUGAUUUCUCACGUUAUGGGUACCUCUAUCUCAUUUCUAAGAAGUCAAAUUCUUUGGAUGCCUUCAUGAUCUACAAAGCUGAAGUGGAAAAUUUCCAUUCAAGGAGAAUUAAGACAGUGAGGUCUGACAGAGGAGGAGAGUAUUAUGGCAGGCAUGGAGAUUCUACCCAACUACUUGGUCCCUUUGCCAAGUACUUAUAG